CCCGCCGUUCCCGCUCCGACCGGCCCCCCGCCGCUCGCCCCCGGGGCCGGCCUGGGCCUCCCUCGGGCUCCCCCCCCCGCUGGCCUGCGCCCGCACGCCCGCACGCCCUCCUCGCCGCCACAGCUUGGGUCUGACAAGAUGUACCAGGUCCCACUGCCGCUGGACCGGGAUGGGACCCUGGUCCGGCUUCGCUUCACCCUGGUGGCCGUGGUCAUGGUCUGCUGUCCACUUAUCGCCUUCUUCUUCUGCAUCCUCUGGUCCCUGCUCUUCCACUUCAAGGAGACUACGGCCACACACUGCGGGGUGCCCAAUUACCUGCCCUCCGUGAGCUCGGCCAUAGGCGGGGAGGUGCCCCAGCGCUACGUGUGGCGCUUCUGCAUCGGUCUGCACUCGGCGCCCCGCUUCCUGGUGGCCUUCGCCUACUGGAACUACUACCUCAGCUGUGCCUUCCCGGGUCCCUGCUACCGCCAGCUUUGCCGCCUCAACUUCGGCCUCAACGUCGUGGAGAACCUGGCGCUGCUCGUGCUCACCUACGUCUCCUCUUCCGAGGACUUCACCAUCCAUGAAAACGCCUUCAUUGUGUUCAUCGCCUCAUCUCUCAGUCACAUGCUGCUCACCUGCAUCCUCUGGCGCCUGACCAAGAAGCACACAGACCGCAAGUCCUACAACUGGAAACAGCGGCUCUUCAUCAUCAACUUCGUCUCCUUCUUCACGGCGCUGGCUGUCUACUUUCGGCACAAUAUGUACUGUGAGGCUGGAGUGUAUACCAUCUUUGCCAUCUUGGAGUACACUGUUGUCCUGACCAACAUGGCAUUCCACAUGACGGCCUGGUGGGACUUUGGAAACAAGGAGCUGCUCAUCGCCUCCCAGCCUGAGGAAAAACGGUUCUAAACCCUUCUCUCCUGCUGGGCGAGAGGCCCACUGCCCCGACACCAGGAACAAGAUACCACUCUGGCCGUCCUCUACCCCCUGUGUCCUCUCGGGGCCCUCCUGAAGCUGGGCAGAGGGGAAGGGCGGGCGGGCACAGGACACGGCUUUACCCGGCCCUGCUGGGGUCUCCUCUCCCCCGCCCACUGGAAGGCACCAGGGCCUUCAGACAGCACCACCUGUACUUGGGAAGCCCUGAGAAGCCGAGUUGGCAGGAGAGCUUCACCGUCUGGUGCUAAAAAAGUCCUGAGGUUCUAACCACCAUCCGGUUCUUGGCCUUUACAGAGCCACCUCGCGCUGAGGUCAGGGACCACUGAGCAGCGGCUGCUACCAGAAAACCACAGCCAUCUCGCCCCGUGAGGUCAUUCACUUGACUAAUGUGUCUAAGAAUUUCCUCUGCACAGUCAGGCCCACGGCCACGGUCCCGCUAAGGCUGCCCAGGUGUCCUAGGCCUGACCUCACCUCUGACUGGUGUGCGCCCUUCUCUGUCUGGGCCUCCGCGUGUCCGUGUGGAUGGUGGCGGGUGGGGGAUCUAUGAUUUCCAAGGGCUCUGCCAGCCUGUGCGUCUCCCGUGGAGGUGGGGGGGUUCUGCCUUCUGCCCCCCAGGGAUAAGAUCCAGAAAAAACACUGGCACAGCUCGUCUUUCCCUCCCCUUCCGAAAUCUCUGGCUUACAGACGCUUCCUCCUUGGCACAGGUGUCAGGUAGAGGGGUCAGAGGCACAGGUUCCCACCCAGAACGGGCUCUCUGGUGUCCCCCCACCCCAUCCCAUCCUCCCCACUGCCUCAGGCCCUCUGCUCUUGGGGUUGUACAUUUUAUUUCAAAGGAAAAUAAAUUUUUUUUUUUUUUUUUCCCAACAGUCUGCGCUAGGCUUGUUUGGGGGCUCAUCUCUGUUUAAUGGAACUGAGGUGAGGGACAGGCCCCUGGGAUGGAGGGAGGAAGUCCAUGCAGCGUGCGAUUCCAUGUGGCAGCCUCCUGACCCCCUUAGGCUGGGCGUCUCCGAAGGCUGGUCCAGGCCUGGAUUCUGAUGAGCAGGAGUGACGGAGCUAGCCCUGUAGUGACUCCAGGCCUGGAAGCUGGGAUGCCUGGGGGUCUUGGGUUGAGGCAAAGGCCUGAGUUCCAGACCCAACUCCGUCAGUGAAGGGUUUUUCCCCUUUGGCGUAUAAGGGGACCGCUCUCAGAUGCACGUCGGAGAGCACCUGCCUGCAGGCUGCUGGCUCUCAACCUCUCCCUUGCUGAGGCCUGGAUCAGGGUUUUCCCUCAUGCUUUGUAUCCCAGUCUGCUCCGCUCAACGGGCCCCUCCGAGGGAGCCCAGCGCUUUGUUAGGGAAAUUGGGGGGUCGGGACCACAAUGAAGCCUAUUGUCUCCUGUACCCUCUUGCGGGAAACAAAAGGCUCCCAGUCUCUGGGGAGCCCUAGCUCAGGCCCAGCCCCUGCCCAACCCCCAAUGCCUAGCACACAGGGAGGAGCCAGGGCCACUGGAGACAGGAGGUUUUAUUGAUGCUGAUGGGGGUAGGAGAGGCCCCCAGGAGCCCGGAGGGGGUGGGGUGGGGGCCAAGUCAGUCAGCGGGCGCAGAAGGCCUGGGCACAGGGGCGUAGGGUAGGGCACAUGGAUCUUCUCAGGAUUCCGUGGCUCCUUCUUGGGAAGGGAGAGCAUCUUGAGGGGAGCGAUUCCAAGAGCAGCGGGGAGAGGUCGGGGACGGCCAGAGCUCCAAUCUGAGAAAGCACCACAACUGGCAGCGACAUCUGCGUGGACAGCGGGAUCAGCUGCUCAGAAGGGAGGGGGCGCUGGGUUGGCUUCUUGGGGAGGGGUCCGACCUCGGCCUGGGGGAGCUCUCAAGAAUACCUGGUGCUCCCAGACGGAGUGGGGUGGGGCCCAAAGCCCCUCUCCCCAUGGGCCUCCUUAAGGAGCGAAAGGCAUUCGGGGAGCCCCCUGGCAAGGGGUGCCAGGAUUAGUCCUUAAGGCACAGCUGGGGGCAGACAAGGCGCCAAGGCACAAAGGCACAACUGGUGGGGGGCAGGGGCAGCCUCCAAGCUGAGUGCCAGGGUCACAAGAGGACGCAGGACCGCCCACGCUUGAUGGGCGUGGGGUUGAGCACGGCCCGGACGGCCUCAGCAAACACUUCCUUGACGCCGUCCUGCUGCAGGGCCGAGCACUCGAGGUAGCGCACAGCGUGGAUCUGCUUGGCCAGCGCCUGGCCCUGCUGCGGCGUGAUGGGCGCCUGGCCCUGCUCCUUGAGGCGCCGUAGGGUGUCAGGCUGGGAUCUCAGGUCCUUCUUGGUGCCCACCAGGAGGAUGGGCACGUCGGGGCAGUGGUGGCACACCUCUGGAUGCCACUUGUGCCGCACAUUCUCAUAGGAGGGCGGACUGGCGAUGGAGAAA